UAAUGGCCUAUUUUGGCCGACACGUAUUAAGAUCUUAUGUAUAUACUAAAAGUAUCUGAAAUAAAAUUAACUAAUGCUGUGUACUGUCAUAGUUUACCCCAAAGUAUUGUUAAAAUAUUCUGGACGCCCCUAUUUAUCGAAUGGUACACUCCGUUGCUAAGCUAUCUUGUGUAGACAUUCUCCACUGUGAUGGAGUUGCUCGGCCUGAAAAUUAAGAGUAUAUAACGUUGUCCAGUUCAAAACGUUAAUUGUGUGCAAAAUUUACAAUGGCCGGUAUAAGGAGAGUUAACGGAAAAUUGUCGGGAAUCAACGCAGCUAUCAGCUGCUGUCGCCUGCGUCAGGUUCAGUCUCUGCUCUGUGAAGCUGGCACUGCCACUCCUGAUGGCAUCCUGUGCUCUCUUGGAAUUGACAGUCGAUAUAAUGAAGGUUGCACUGAACUGGCUAAAUACCUGUUCUAUGGACUAUAUAGUCAGCUGAAUGUGGAACAUGUGCUUGAUGAAUUUCCUGAAGAAAUGUUGGAUGAUGUGAUCCUGCUGAUUAAGGCAGAGUGUGUUCAUCUGUACUGCAACCCACUGAACUAUAGUUACCUGUUGCCCUACGUGUCUCACUGGAGGAACCUGCAUCUCUACUGCAUGACAGAGGCAGAGUAUGAAGAUGAGGAAGCAGCAGAGGAAUUCAAAAUCUCCAGUUUUGUCACAAUGGUGCAGGAUUGCUAUCGUAUUGGAGUACCUUACAGCUCCCAGGGACACAUCCAGAAGUUUGAUAUGUUUAUGGUGGAAAAGUGGCCACUAAUUCAGGCAUUUGCCUUGGAAGGCAUUGGUGGAGGAAGCUUUUUUACCAUCAAAUACAAGCUUAUGGAUAUGAGUGAGAAGCUUUGGCAGGUGUACAACAGACUUGACCCAGUGUCUCUGGACCAACUCCUUGCCGAGGACUUGGUUAACUUUGAGAAGCAGUGGACUUGCUUUUUCUCCAGCAUGGACCUGGAGAACCAUCUGUCCAUCUUGGAGCUGUCUGAAGCACAGGCAGGAGAGGCAUUCCGUACAUAUUACUCUCAUGGACUGAUCUCGAGCAACAUCACAGAUAAAAGUAAAAGUCAGCAGCCCUUUGUGUUGUUUGGGAAGCAUUCCUCCUCAGAGGAUCUGGAAAGCUAUUUGUUCAACUUUCCCUCAGAGAGCCAUCAGGUCCGCAACACAGGGCCUCGGGGUUCCAUAGCCAGACACAUGAUUCUGCAGUGUGUGGCUCCCAAAGGACCUCUAGCCUGCUCCCGAACAUAUUUCCUUGGGACCACCCACACCCCAUAUCUCGGAAAUCAAAGCUCAGAGCAAAAGAAAACAGAAGUCUUACUUUUGUCACAGAUUUAUUCAGCUGCUGUCCAAGCAGUUCUUUCAGGAAUCAAAUGCUACUCCUGUACCUCCAGUGCUACCAAGGCUAAGGAUGUAGCUGAGAACACCUUUCUAGUGGCUUUGGACUCGGUGAAUUUAAGUCAGUACCACAGCUGCCUCAGGUCCAAAUGUGAAUUCAGCAUUCAAGCAGUGAAUAACCAAGGGAGGAUCAUUUCUCUCACUGAUGAAGGAAGUCGUUAUGUAGUAAAAACAGCCUCCAUGACUGUCCAUGACAUCCCAGACCUGCAGCACAAUGGAGGGGACCUGGGCUCUGUGGUCUUCUCUGAAUCUUUCUUGGAGUCCAGCAUCAACAUUCAACAGAAAGAUGGCACUGUGUCUUCAGACAGCUGCUACACCAUCCUGACUACAACUGUGCCUCGCUAUGCUUGCUGGCUGCUGGAUUCUGAUGUGAAGUGGUCUGAGCAAGCCCAACAUCUUACGAAGAAAGAGGAAGUCACUUGUUUGGGAGCUGCUCUGACUGUAGCUGAUGUUGCGUAUGUGUUCUCCAGCAGCCAGCUCUCAACACCUGAAGAAGGGAAAAUCAUUUUCUUCUCCGAGGGACUCCUGUUUAUCCAUUCUCAAUAUGGGAGCAUUACUCUGUCCAAGGAGCACAUCAACACCAUCAGGUUCUAUGAUCAGGACUCUGGCGCUGUGGCAUCUCUUUUUGUGGAGUAUGAGAGCAGCCUGCUUCCACACCUCCCAUUCCCUCUGCACAGCUCUGACCAGUGUCUGGUUUUUGCACUUCUGCCCAGGUCUAAGAUCCACAUGGCCUUUUAUUCCAAGGUUUUGUCGGUGUGGGAAAAGUCAGAAUCUGGACUGACUCUGCAAUUGCUGAACCAAGAGCAACUGACGUGGAACCAGAAACACAUGUAUACCAGACUACAGAAGCUGCACGACAGUCAGGAACCACCAGUGGCCAAACGCAGAGGCAGCCUGAGGACUUCGUACUCACAGCUGCCUGAGGACAUGGACAUGUUUCUUCAGCACUUUGCCUUGAGCAGUAUUGGUCAGGAGCCCAUUCUCUAUGACCACCUGGGGGUGCUCUUCCCCUCUGCAGAGCUUAAGAACCCAGGCAAUGACCAAGGAGACAAGGUUGUCAUUACCAUCAUCACUGGACUGCCAGGAAGUCAUAAGAAGAGACUGUGCAACUUCCUGGUCCAGCUGAACAAGGAACGUGGCAGAUGGGUUGUGUACGAACCUAGUCCUGAUAGCUGCAACAGCUUCUCAGCCUCUCAUCUUCAGCGAUAUUUGUCCAGCUUUCUGAAGAGCCAGAGAGGGCCAGGAGGCAAACCCCGCUUGGUGGUGCUCACACCUGGAUACACAGAUGUUCUGGAUGUUGUCCAGGCUGUGCUUUUCCAUCCUGAGCCAGUUGUCCAAGCAUGCUUCACCAUUGGCGCUGUCACGGCCUGCGUGGACCCCCACACCUCCUGUAUGGAGCACAGGUUUGCUUUUCCUAAGCUGUUGGAGCAGUGCAGCCAAGGUAUUGUGAGUACAGUGGUGUUCACCGGGUUGACAGCAGAGCAGAAGCACCCUCUCAUGCAGCAUGUUCAGCAGUUGGUACGCUCUGCCAACCCCACUGCAGCCUUCAUACAGGCAGAGAGAGGAGCUGUCACCAGGAAUGAAGAUGUGAACCUCAUACUGUCUGAGAGCAGCUUCAAUGAGCCACAGAUGCUGAGAGCACGUUAUGUCCUCUACCCUGGAUGGUGCAAAGGGCGCUUCUUCACUGGUUCUGGGUGUCUGGUCCUCGCCCAGCAGCGUGUGGCCUUCAGCCGGCCCCUAGAGAGGCCUCUAUUUACCACCCGCUGUAAAGCAUUCAAGUCAUCACUAAGACCAAGCCCCUUCCAGGGAAACGUCUACAACAUUUGGGGAAAAGUCAGAUUUUCUGACUCAGACCAGCUGAUGGAGGUGAGCUACAACACAGUGAGCGGGAGCCUGAGCAUUGUCCCAGACCAGAGCACUGACCCCACGACGCCAGGCCCCACCAGCACUUCCUGCUUCCUGAUCUUUGAUGGUGUUGGCCUCACUGAGGAUGGAUUGAAGGAUUGGCUCAGACUAUGCGCCAAAGAGAGGCAGAAAAAGAAGCCGAAGAAGACUAAAAAUAUGCUUUCGUCACAAGAAAUCAAAAGCAUACAUAUGAGCAGGCACUUGGACCCUCUACCACCAGGCUAUUUCUACAAUGGUUAUCUGUAUGUGGACAUCUUUGGUGAAAAAAGGAAUUUCCAUCCCAAAAUGGAAGAGUUUAUUACAGAGUACAUUGCAGAGGCCAACAAAGAGAUCGAGCUCUUCAAUCGUCAGCUGGAGCUGCAGGAGCAGCCCGACCUGUUUGAUCCAUGAUAGUAUCUGUGUGUUUGUCCACUGCCCCCACCUGUUUUAUUUAACUCUAAGGGAACCACUGAGGGAGGGCACAGGGGUUAUGUACUAAACACUCCACUGGAAUGGUCAGUGUGUGUUCACACCACAUGCAUGUGAAAAACUGCUGCUAGCAGUCCAUUCAUUAUCUUUGUACUGUGACACUUUGUUUCCUAAUCUGGGGGAAUGAGUAGAGAUGGGCCUUCGAACUGUGGCAUCACCCGUCAAAAGCCACUUAUGAAUGGCAUGGCUUAUUUAUACUGCAACAUCACUGUGCUCGGAACAGUUGCACUUUGGUGAGUUGAUAUCCUACUGUAUUUAGCAAAAGAAAGUGGCAAGUUGACGUGGUCAUUUGUGUUCAUUCAGACACAUUUGCCAAGAGAUGAGUUGCUCACGACUGCAGACAAAUCUGAAACAUGAUGCAACACAAGACUCCACCUUUAUGCCAGUGUGAUUAUCCCACUGAGCCUACAAGCUAUGACACUUUGACAGUUGAAGGAAAUUUCCAACUGCACUCUGCUACAGCUUGUGCAUUUCUGUUUAUCACAGUUGGCCAAUUAAUGCCUCUAUUUCUGGGCAGGCAUGGAUAGCUGUGUGAUUCUAGUGGGCUCCCUGGAGGGGUUUCUCAAGAAUCGCUCCUCCUCUGUUGUCACCCAAUCCACGGCCCACCUGUUUGCUUGUGUGCGUGCCACGCUGCAGCAGUGGGAGGGCUCGGUCAUAGACCUGUAAACAUUGGACAGCGUGUUGGCUGGGGACAACUGAUGAACGAUGCCAUUAAUCAUAGUGAUGCACCAUCCCAGUGCUUUAUUUUAAGACUCAAAGUGAAUCUAAUGAACAUGCAAUAAAGUAGACUUCAGUCCCUGCAGCAGAGUGCUGGGACUGAGUUAUAAAACAGCUGUGGCUGUCCAGAAGCACAGUGAAUCUCUGAGGUUGCAUGUUGACCACACUUAUUAUAAUGCUGCUAGUUAACACAGUGAGAAA